AAGAUGAUGUUUAUGAUACCUAUUUCUCUGUCUGUUUUGAGGUGGAAUUGUAUUAAACCCUUCAUUUUAUGGUACGUUUGGCCACACUCACACCAUGAUCCAUGAGAUUGGGCACAGCCUCGGACUGUACCAUGUCUUCAGAGGAAUCUCAGAGGUGGAGUCCUGUAACGAUGCCUGCUUGGAGACUGAGCCCUCUCUUGAGACUGGAGAUCUGUGUGCAGAUACCAAUCCCACACCCAAGUACAAGUACUGCAGAGAUCCUGAGCCAGGAAAUGAUACCUGUGGCAGACGUCAUUUCAAAAACACCCCUUUCAACAAUUACAUGAGCUAUGCUGAUGAUGACUGCACAGAUUCCUUCACGCUGAACCAAGUUGCUCGGAUGCACUGUUACUUAGAUCUGAUCUACCAGUCUUGGAGACCUGGCAGUAAACCAGCUCCUGUUCCUCUACCUCCUCGAGUAACAGCGCAGGACCAAGACUCUCUUACCCUGGAAUGGUUCCCUGCCCUCACUGGCCAUUACUUUGACAGGUGA